CACCAAAAAAAUUAUUUAUCAACAAUUCGAAAUUGACGAAUAUGUUAAAAAUUCAGCUCAUUACCAAUUGAAUAGAUAAACUUAUCGAUCAAUCAAACAAUCGAUCAGUGAAUUCAAACGACGAGGAAAAAAAACUAUGGAUGACGAUUUUGGUAUAACGACGACCACGACUGCAUCAUCAAUUGAUGAAUCAGAUGAUUCAAUUAUUGUAUUAAAAAACAAUAAGAAUAACAAUGAUAAUGAUGGUGAUGAUAAUCAUGAUACAUCAAUGAUGACAAUGAAUAAUGAUAAUGGUGGUUCAUAUCGUCACAAAAUGACCGUACAAAUUGUAGCAGAUAAAUCUGCAUUACAUUGUAAAAAUGGUUGCGGUUUUUAUGGUAAUCGUGAAUGGUUUGGUUAUUGUUCCAUAUGUUAUAAAGAGAUUCGUCAUCAUCAACAACAACAACAACAUCAGCAUCAUCAUAAUCAAUCAAAUAUGGCUCAAAUACAAAAAAAAUCA